UGAGUGAGUCAGCCCCAGAGCAGCGCGCUGCAGCCUGCCAGGAGCCACCAGGGAGCCAGCCCAUGGCAGAGCCCACCCUUCCCCCCACAGCCCAGAUGGAGAGACUGGCCAUGGCACCCCUGGUCUCCCCAUGUCUCCGGAUCCCACGGGCACACAUCGCCAGGCAGUCACAGCGCUGUGCCCGGCGCUGGGCAGAACAGGGCUGCAGCUCUGGCCCCUCCUCAGGCCGAAUGAAUCUGCUUCCCCAGAAGAACCCCCCACAGCCACACCCUACCAACUGCCCCCACUCCGGGCUGUCCUCGGCAGGAAGUUUGUCCCUGGAUGGCUUCUGGAUGGAGGUGGAGCAGAUUCAACAGCAGGAUGAGAGGAAAGAGCAGGACAACGGUGGGGAAGAAGGCCAACUUCCUGAGGAGGGUGAAACUGAAUCCCAGUGGCUGCAGGACACAGGCCUGUGGGGCCUUCUCGACAGCCUGGGGGCGAAUGGUGACCACCAGGGGCUCCUGUCCACCCUUACACAGACCCAGAUGGCCGCUGUGUGUCGCAGGCUGGACAUCUAUGCCCGCUCGGCGCGAAGACGACACAAGGCACGUGUCAGAGAUGUCAGGGACAUCUUUGGAGUCUUCGAUUCUGGGGAAGUAUCUUCAGAGAAUGGGGACUCUGGGAUGAAAUGGACCCCACUUGGUUCCAGGUUGUAUAAGCCUCCUCCAGCAGCAGAGCCCGAGGGGCCGCAGGAGCAGGCCGGAAGGGUAGAAGCCUUCAGCAUGGACUCUGCCUACUCUGAGCAAGUGGCAGGGCUCCUGCAGAGGGGCAGGCCACCCCCAGCAGGCACCUGUGUCCGGGGCAAUGGAUCCCUGCCAAAGUUUAGAAUCCUCAAGGGCAGACUUGGCGUGACGAGGAUAGGAGACCUGUCCUUGCAGGACAUGAAGAAGAUCCCUCCAUUGGCCCUUAUAGAGCUGACGGCGCUCUGCGACGUGCUCGGCGUGGACCUGAAGAGGAGCAAGGCGGCCAAGCGGAGAGCGACAGAAACUCGCCUUUUCGGCAUGCCCCUUGACACCUUGCUGGAAGCUGACCGCAAAGUCCUCCCCAGCACCCAGGUCCCCCUGGUCCUGCAAGCUCUGCUGUCCUGUUUGGAAAAGAGAGGGCUGGACACGGAAGGAAUUCUCAGGGUGCCGGGAUCCCAGACCAGGAUCAAGGGGCUAGAAAAAAAGCUGGAGAGAGACUUCUAUACUGGUCUUUUUAGCUGGGAUGAAGUUCAUCACAACGAUGCAUCUGAUUUGCUGAAAAGGUUCAUCCGGGAGCUUCCGGCACCUCUGCUCACUGCUGAGUACCUUCCGGCCUUCGCUGUGGUGCCCAACAUCCCCAACCUGAAGCAGCGCCUACAGGCUCUCCACCUGCUCAUCCUGCUCCUCCCAGAACCCAACAGAAACACCUUGAAGGCACUCCUGGAGUUCCUCAGAAAGGUGGUGGCCCGAGAACAGAGCAACAAGAUGACGCUGUGGAACGUGUCCACAGUGAUGGCCCCUAAUCUCUUCCUGCACCAAGGGCAGCCCCCCAAACUCCUCAGGGGCAAGGAGAAGCAGCUGGCUGAGGGGGCAGCCGAGGUGGUGCAGAUGAUGGUGCAUUACCAGGAUCUUCUGUGGACGGUCGCCUCGUUCUUGGUCGCCCAGGUGCGAAAACUGAACGAGAGCAGCAGCCGGCGCUUCCAGAUUUGCGACAGGGGCCUCAAGACUUGGUUGCGGAGGAUGCACGCGGACCGGGACAAGGCGGAGGAUGGGUCGGGGACGACUCCCAAAGUGGCGAAGAUCCAGGUGGCCUGCUCUAUCAAGGACCCCGUGGAGGUGCUCCUGACUCGCAGCACCAAAGUGGCCCAUGUGCUGAGGCAGUUCUCAGAGUACCACCGCCCUAGGUCACAGGGCCAAGAGAGCAGUGAGGACGCGCACAGCCACCUCCGUUGCAACAGGUCCAGGGAGUCAGCCGACAUCCUUCUUUAUGAAGUUGGAGGGAAUAUCAGUGAGCAUCGCCUGGACCCAGACGCCUACCUCUUAGAUCUGUACCGUGCCAACCCCCACGGUGAGUGGGUCAUUAAACAGAGCCCUACCUAAGCCCGGGGCUCUAGGGAGCAGCCCUGGAUGCCACAUCUCCUUCCCCCCAACACCGAGAACAAGAGGACACGGGCCUGUUUGCUUUGAUACUGCUGCAGCCAGUGCCUGGAACCACCCUGGGAGGCUGGAGGCACUGAGAGGUUGGCUCCCUGCGAGUUUCAGGUUAGGGUCUGAGCAGGGAGGAAUUCACCAGAAAGCUCUAAGAAGCUGGCCUAGUGUGGGAGCAAAACUGUUUUGAGGGGAACGUCUGGGACCUCCAAGGCCCCUUCUUUCUAAAAUGCCUCUCAGACCCCACAAAAAACUCAGGACUGGGGUGGCUCCCCCACUUCAUUCCCAGGCACACGAAGCCCUCAUCUCCAUCCACCCCACCACUUCGUGUGCCCGGAUCUCCAUGGAUUUUUGUCCACUAUUCCCAGCCCAAAAGAGAACUUGAAAAUACAGCACCUUUAUCAAGGAGGAGGUUCUCCUGCUAAACUGACCCCGCACUGCACAGUAGGAACAGCACUGGAGAGAUGCCAGGAGAGCUCUGUGAACUUGGGGAAGCCCCUUCCCCUCUCUGAGCCUCCUUGAAGGAGAAGGAAGUUGGGCCUCAGGGGAGCAAAGGCCCUCCCGUGGCCAUGACCAGCUGGGAACAGCUGGGGAGAACUGAAA